UACAAUACGAAAUCCGGAGCCUGCUGGUUUCUACCUGAUAAUUAAUUAGACACACCUGGUGUCCCAGGUCUAAAUCAGUCCCUGAUUAAAGGGGAACAAUACAAAAAAAUCAAUGGCACUGGCUUCGAGGUCCAGAGUUGAGUUUGAGAGGCUUAUGGGAUUCUAUAGCUCAGACCCAGUAUAACAGGGGUGUCAAACUCAUUCCAUGGAGGGCUGAGUGUUUGCAGGUUUUAGUUUUAUCAACUAAGACCUAGACAACCACGUGUGGGUAAGUUCCUUACUAAUCAGUGCCUUAAUUCAUCAAGUACAAGGGAGGAGUGAAAACCUGCAGACCCUUGGCCCACCGUAGAAUGAGUUUGACACGUGCAGUAUAGCUUCGCCCCUGUGUUAUGACCCAUAUAAACGUUCCUCCUUUGUCACAUUUGAUAUUGGGGCAACAAUACAACUCAAGCUUGGCAUUCAUCAUGACCACCACCAGUGCUGUUCACUUGUCUCUUCCAGGGAAACAAACCCAGUACUCAAGGACACACACAGGCAAUAGAUACAAUUAUGACUGCUCACAUCUCUGUACUCAUUGACUAAACAUGGAUUCAAUUAAACUCAGUUCAAGGUCAUGGUAAUACAAUAUAAACGCUGGGGCUGUGAAAAUUAGCCGGCUGGCUAAAACCGGCACUUUUACUGAAACGUUGAUUAAUGUGCACUGUCCCUGUAAAAAUACAAUAAACUCAAACUCAAUAGAAGCACUCAUGGCUCUCUGCUAAUAUUUAAUCCAACCCACCACUUGACUACUGCUCAGUGCUAGCCAUUCAUAUCAGCUGAGAGCUGUCAACUUUGGCUGUGUGUGAGAGAGAGAGCAGAAACCGGUACAUAGGUAAAGUAAGGUGGGCGUGAGAAGAUGGGGAGGGAGAGAAGAAAGAGAAGGCGGGAGUGAAGGAAUUUGUGAGGAACUGAAAGCAGGGGAGGGCGGCGAAGGGGAGAGGGAGGAGUGGCGAGCAGAGAGCAAGGUUACACGUGAGAGCAGUCCAGAGAACGAAAGUAAGAGAGAGAGACCGAGGAGAGAGAGAGAGAGAAUAGCAGGACAGGUACGAUAGCGUGGAUUAUGGAGGUGAGAAGAUUUCAGUCUUACUUCACAAGUUAAUUACCUGUUGCUCACUGGACGAGAAGAAAGAACAAAGAAAAGUAGAGAACAAAGAAAGAGUAAACAUUAAGGGCAACGGAGAAAGAGAGAGAGGCAGAGGGGAAAACCAGGGGUAGAGAGAGGGAGGGAAAUAGGGAGAGGGGGAACCAGGGGUAGAGAGAAAGGAAUGGACAACAGUUGAAUGUUGACCGAGGGAGUGGGGAUAUUAAUCGGGAGAUAAACAAAAAGGAGAGAGGGGAAAAAAAGAGAGAAAGUGUAGAAAAACAAAUAGAUACACAUUGACAGAGUGGACUGGACUUCAAUGAAGCACUGACAUCAGCAAAAUAAAGGGUGAGAGAGAGAGAAAGGAGGUCACUGCAGUCCGAAGUAGGUGCUGUGCACUGUAGUUCCUUAAGCACGCUUACUAUGCAACAGGAGAGUUAGGACAAGCAAAGACAGACAGACGUCCACUACACGAUUGAACCAUGUUGAUGAAGGAGUAUAGAAUAUGCAUGCCACUAACUGUGGAAGAGUAUAAGAUUGGGCAGCUGUACAUGAUCAGCAAACACAGUAAUGAGCAGAGCGGAGGAGGGGAGGGAGUGGAGGUGGUGAGGAACCAACCAGACACACAUCCCCAACACGGCCUGGGACAACUCACUGAGAAACGCAUCUACCUCAAUAGUAAACUGCCAUCCUGGGUGAGUGUGUUUGUCCCCAGGGUCUUCUAUGUGACAGAGAAGGCCUGGAACUUCUACCCUUACACCAUCACAGGUCUGACAACAUUAUUCAAUCCACCACAUACACAGCCGUUUCACCUGCUACCAACCUGUUCUUCCUAUAGGGUCAACAUAGAAAGUGACUGUGUCUCCUUCCUUCCCAAGUUCAGCGUCCGUAUUGAGACCAGGUUUGAGAACAACAAUGGUGACAACAAUAAUGUAUUUGGAGACAGGCCCACCCCUGCAGAGAGCGUGAGCCACCUGGAUAUCCUCAUUGACCCCAUCCCUGACAAACACUACAAGGAGACAGAGGACCUGAGUCGCUGGGUGUCUGAGAAGAUGGGCCGAGGCCCCCUGGUGGAAGGGUGGCGUAAGGACAGCACCCCCAUCAUGUGCUCCUAUAAGAGGGUGCAGUGCAGUUUCGAAGUCUACGGCUUCCAGGGCAAGACUGAGGACUUCAUACACAAGAACAUCCAGGACAUCCUACUGGUGGGGCACAGACAGGCUGUGGCCUGGACAGACGAAUGGCAUGGGAUGAGUUUGGAGGAUGUGAGAGAGUAUGAGCGUCAGAUACAGGAACAGACCAACAGCAAACUCAAAUCAACCCAGAACAACAACACAGCAGCCCCUCGUCCGGCAUACUCACGCUCUAUGUCCGUCACAGAUGAGCGCUCUCUGAAGAAGAUGGGAGUGAAGACUAUGGCCAUGUCAGACCCCUCCACCUCCACACUGCCUCAUAGCACUGUCCGCCUUAACUCCACCCCCGAGUAACAUACACACGUUCAUACUGAUGCAUCAAUUCCUGCCUGCUUAAACCCUCCGUGACAGUAACUACACUGCAGCCAUUCCUUUUUUACGGCCAUCCACCACAAACACAUUUAACCAAUAAAGCUACACUGUCCACAGAAGCAGCACUUAGAGCACUUAGGUCCUACCCCUUUCUCCAGCUGUAACUACAGAACCCAACCCCCUGUCCUACCCCUUUCUCCAGCUGUACCUAUACAACCCAACCCCCUGUCCUACCCCUUUCUCCAGCUGUAACUAUACAACCCAACCCCCUGUCCUACACCUUUCUUCAGCUGUAACUAUACAACCCAACCCCCUGUCCUACCCCUUUCUCCAGCUGUAACUGAAUAACUCAACCCCCUGUCCCACCCCUUUCUCCAGCUGUAACUACAUAACCCAACCCCCUGUCCUGCCCCUUUCUCCAGCUGUAACUAUAUAACCCAACACCCUGUCCUACCCCUUUCUCCAGCUGUAACUAUACAACUCAACCCCCUGUCCUACCCCUUUCUCCAUCUGUAAAUAUACAACCCAACCCCCUGUCCUACCCCUUUAUCCAGCUGUAACUGAAUAACUCAACCCCCUGUCCUACCCCUUUCUCCAGCUGUAACUAUAUAACCCAACCCCCUAUCCUACCCCUUUCUCCAGCUGUAAAUAUACAACCCAACCCCCUGUCCUACCCCUUUCUCCAGCUGUAACUAUACAACCCAACCCCCUGUCCUACCCCUUUCUCCAGCUGUAACUGAAUAACUCAACCCCCUGUCCUACCCCUUUCUCCAGCUGUAACUAUACAACCCAACCCCCUGUCCUACCCCUUUCUCCAUCUGUAACUAUAUAACCCAACCCCCUGUCCUACCCCUUUCUCCAGCUGUAACUAUACAACCCAACCCCCUGACCUACCCAUUUCUCCAGCUGUAACUAUACAACCCAACCCCCUGACCUACCCCUUUCUCCAGCUGUAACUAUACAACCCAACCCCCUGUCCUACCCCUUUCUCCAGCUGUAACUACAUAACCGAACCCCUUGUCCUACCCCUUUCUCCAGCUGUAACUAUAUAACCCAACCCCCUGUCCUACCCCUUUCUCCAGCUGUAACUACAUAACCCAACCCCCUGUCCUACCCCUUUCUCCAGCUGUAACUAUAUAACCCAACCCCCUGUCCUACCCCUUUCUCCAGCUGUAACUAUAUAACCCAACCCCCUGUCCUACCCCUUUCUCCAGCUGUAACUAUACAACCCAACCCCCUGUCCUACCCCUUUCUCCAGCUGUAACUAUACAACUCAACCCCCUGUCCUACCCCUUUCUCCAGCUGUAACUAUAUAACCCAACCCCCUGUCCUACCCCUUUUUCCAGCUGUAACUAUACAACCCAACCCCCUGUCCUACCCCUUUCUCCAGCUGUAACUAUAUAACCCAACCCCCUGUCCUGCCACUUUCGGCAGCUGUAACUACAUAACCCAACCCCCUGUCCUACCCCUUUCUCCAGCUGUAACUAUAUAACCCAACCCCCUGUCCUACCCCUUCUCCAGCUGUAACUAUACAACCCAACCCCCUGUCCUACCCCUUUCUCCAGCUGUAACUAUACAACCCAACCCCCUGUCCUACCCCUUUCUCCAGCUGUAACUAUACAACCGAACCCCCUUGUCCUACCCCUUUCUCCAGCUGUAACUAUACAACCCAACCCCCUGUCCUACACCUUUCUUCAGCUGUAACUAUACAACCCAACCCCCUCUCCUACCCCUUUCUCCAGCUGUAACUGAAUAACUCAACCCCCUGUCCUACCCCUUUCUCCAGCUGUAACUACAUAACCCAACCCCCUGUCCUGCCCCUUUCUCCAGCUGUAACUAUAUAACCCAACACCCUGUCCUACCCCUUUCUCCAGCUGUAACUAUACAACUCAACCCCCUGUCCUACCCCUUUCUCCAUAUGUAAAUAUAAAACCCAACCCCCUGUCCUACCCCUUUCUCCAGCUGUAACUGAAUAACUCAACCCCAUGUCCUACCCCUUUCUCCAGCUGUAACUACAUAACCCAACCCCCUGUCCUGCCCCUUUCUCCAGCUGUAACUAUAUAACCCAACACCCUGUCCUACCCCUUUCUCCAGCUGUAACUAUACAACUCAACCCCCUGUCCUACCCCUUUCUCCAUAUGUAAAUAUACAACCCAACCCCCUGUCCUACCCCUUUCUCCAGCUGUAACUGAAUAACUCAACCCCCUGUCCUACCCCUUUCUCCAGCUGUAACUAUAUAACCCAACCCCCUGUCCUACCCCUUUCUCCAGCUGUAACUAUACAACCCAACCCCCUGUCCUACCCCUUUCUCCAGCUGUAACUAUACAACCCAACCCCCUGUCCUACCCCUUUCUCCAGCUGUAACUGAAUAACCCAACCCCCUGUCCUACCCCUUUCUCCAGCUGUAACUAUAUAACACAACCCCCUGUCCUACCCCUUUCUCCAGCUGUAACUAUACAACCCAACCCCCUGUCCUACCCCUUUCUCCAUCUGUAACUAUAUAACCCAACCCCCUGUCCUACCCCUUUCUCCAGCUGUAACUAUACAACCCAACCCCCUGUCCUACCCCUUUCUCCAGCUGUAACUAUACAACCCAACCCCCUCUCCUACCCCUUUCUCCAGCUGUAACUAUACAACCCAACCCCCUGACCUACCCAUUUCUCCAGCUGUAACUAUACAACCCAACCCCCUGACCUACCCCUUUCUCCAGCUGUAACUAUACAACCCAACCCCCUGUCCUACCCCUUUCUCCAGCUGUAACUACAUAACCCAACCCCCUGUCCUGCCCCUUUCUCCAGCUGUAACUAUAUAACCCAACCCCCUGUCCUACCCCUUUCUCCAGCUGUAACUAUAUAACCCAACCCCCUGUCCUACCCCUUUCUCCAGCUGUAACUAUACAACCCAACCCCCUGUCCUACCCCGUUCUCCAGCUGUAACUAUACAACCCUACCCCCUGUCCUACCCCUUUCUCCAGCUGUAACUAUAUAACCCAACCCCCUGUCUUUGAGUUUGCAUCCCAAAAUAUUACACUUUAUAUACAUCAAAGUAGAAAGAAAUAUUACAAACUGUUUGACAUAGAAACACCGAAUUUUCGGCAGGUAAAAAAAAAAUGAAAUUAUUAAUAACAUUCCACCCAUGAGGCCUCUAGGUAAUUUGACUGCAAGAAAGGGCUACUAGAGUGGAUAAAAUGGUAGGGGAGUGCCGUGGAUCCACACAGCCCCCCCCCCCCCAUCGUUCUGCUCCAUGCAGCAAAUGGCUGAAACAGGGCUAACCUUCACUGAUGAGUCAAUAGGAUGGCUGUUUUAAACAUGAUUAACUCCUGAUCUAUGGUAGUUAACUUCUGAUCUAUGGUAGUAGCUGCAACAUGACCUCUGUACAGGCUGUGGAAUAAUCUAACAUAGAGGAUUAAUAUAAUUUAUAACUAGGUUUAUAUUGACACAUUAUACAUACACUGUAUAUUUGUCUGUUUAGUCUAUUGCAAUGGAAGUCCAUUGUCAGCUCUGUACCUUUUGUAUGAAUGAAUAAAACCCUUUCUCUCCUUUA